AUGUCCAUGUUUCCACGCUUCACUCAGGAGUUCUCUCCUCUCUUCCGCCUCCUCGACGACUAUGACCGGGCCUCUCGCAGCACUCCCUUCGCCCAGGCAGCCCAGGGCCUGAGGUCCUUCACCCCCAAGUUCGAUGUCGUCGAGAAGAAGGAAAACUACGAGCUCCACGGCGAGCUUCCCGGCAUCGCCCAGGAAAACAUCAACAUUGAAUGGUCCGACUCCAACACCCUGACCAUCUCCGGCCGCGUCGAGCACCGCUCCGAGCGCGGCGAGCGCCCUCGCGGCUUCAUCGAGGCCGAGGAGCACAACGAGCAACACUACCACAAGCCCACCGUCGAGGACGAGCAGCCCCCGGCCGACGGUACUUCGAGCCAAGAGGUCGCCAAGACCAACCAGAACAAGGACGUUGGCAAGCCCACCGAUGAAGCCAAGUACUGGGUUAGCGAACGCUCUGUCGGCGAGUUCCACCGCUCCUUCAGCUUCCCUGGACGCGUCGACCAGGAAAACGUCAAGGCCAGCCUGAAAGACGGCGUCCUCUCCAUCCUCGUCCCCAAGGCGCAGGCCCCUAAGUCUCGCAGGAUCAACAUUGAGUAA